UAAAAAUCCACAUUCUUUCAAUAGGUACUAUCGCUUACUCAAUACUUUCAUAUUAUUUUUCUUUUUUGAGGGGGGUUGGCCAGAAAAAUUAGGUUGGGUGUGUAUAAUUCAUGCUGUUUUUCCCGUCAUUCGUCAUCAAAUUUAGUGGCUCAGGCUUAUAGGCUAAAAUCUCUGGGGUUUUAAAGUGCUGGAAGUUAAAUGGCGAACCCCUAUAUUUCCCAAAAAGAUAUGAAAGGUACUAGCGAUUUCGAUGGAGUUUUGUUCUCUGAGCUGGAUGGUUUGAACGUUGAGCUUUCACCAUCAUUCUGAACGUCAUCAGCAGCACAAACUUGAGUGAAGUGUCCGAAUUUCUCCACAUAUAACAGCCUGUCCUGUAGACCUCGACGCUGACUGGUCAUUGUUGACCUUUAACCUGUCAUUGCUUACUUUGUUUUGAUUGUAUCUCCCAUUGAUUUGAUCCUUGGUCCUAUAAUUGUCCGUAAUUUAUUUGACUUGUUAGUAAUUUGGAUAGGUUUCAAUGUGUUUGUUGACCACUAAUUGACUUGUGUACCAAGCUUCUAAAAAUUCUUUGGUCUUUUUAGAAUUACUUCAAUCCAAUUUCUCAACAUUUUCUAGUCGAAUGUGUGCCCACAUUCAGUGAUAAAAGCGAGGAUAUGUCAUUGCGUUUAACCGCUAACUAAUGUUCGUGCAAUGGGAAACGAGGAGGGCAUCCGCUUUAUCUGACGUGGUGUUUUCACAAAGUUUCGCAGUAGUAGUAGCAGCAACAGUUUCUUACAAUAUAUUACUAAUUACCAUUAAGUUACUUCGUUUCUCAAGUUUAACAUCUCACUACUGUCGAAGUUUGACAGUGCGACUACCGUCAAUGAAGACAGAGCAUAUUUUCAUUCCACAAUUUAAUCCUGUCGUCGGAAGAAUGCAGUGGAAAGAUGUGGAUCCAGAUUAUGAAUUUAACCAAGAAAUAGCUCGAUCUGGAUAUGGUGAUAUGCUUCAUGAUUCCGAUCGAAAUCAUAAGUAUCGAUUAGCUAUCGAACACACCAUUAAACGUCUUAAACAGCAGUAUCCACAAAAUCCUGUCCAUGUGCUCGAUAUUGGAACUGGAACUGGUUUACUGAGUAUGAUGGCUGUUAAUGCUGGAGCUGAUUUAGUUACUGCCUGUGAAUCCUUUAUUCCAAUGGCAACGUGCGCACUCAAUAUAUUACAGAACAAUGGGUUUAGUGACAAAAUUAACAUCAUACCGAAACGCUCCACUGAUUUAAUUGUUGGAGUAGAUAUGCCGUGCAAAGCUAACGUGUUGGUUGCAGAAUUAUUUGAUACCGAAUUAAUUGGUGAAGGUGCCUUAGAAACAUACAGACACGCAGCCGAGCACUUACUGACACUCGAUGCUUCUCUUAUUCCAUGUGCUGCUCAGGUUUAUUUACAGGUUGUUGAAUCUCAAUUUCUUUGGUCUCACCAUCGCUUAUUUCCAUUUCAAUAUAAAAUUGGUGAUACGACUAUAGAUAUAAAAGAGUUUCAGCAUGCAGAAAUCGAAUCAUGCUCAGGACUUCCAUCAACAUUUGAUAUUCAAGUAUCGGAGAUUCAGUUAGAAGAUAGUCAAUUAAUUUCAUGUGAUAGGCAGUUACGCUGUCUUUUGAAGAGUCCUCGAUUGGUUAAACGAUUUAACUUUGGACCGCCUGCAGAUCUUAUUAAAUUAAACGAUGUGUUAGAUUUAGAAUGUACUACUUUUGAGUCUGGUACAGCUCAUGCAUUUAUUGUGUGGUGGUCUUUACAAAUGGAGCCUACAAACUCAGUUCCACCAAUCAGUGUUGCGCCCACUUGGGCAGGAGAUCCUAAUUCUGCUUGGCGAGAUCAUUGGAUGCAAGCGGUGUACUUUCCCAAGAUUGCUCACUAUUUAAUCAAAAAUGAGUCGUUUAUGGUCAGAUAUCUUCAUGAUUCAUUGUCCAUGCGAUUCGACAUACUUCCUGUACCUAAUUUUAAUGCUAAACCUGAUACUUCUUCACUUGAUGUCCGAAAUGAAAUGUCCUGCUUAUCAUGCUCAUGUGAUCUUCAUCGUGUAUGGCCCCGAACGCGCAUUUCUGAGUUGAAUUCGUCGGAUUACAAAACAUUUUCCACUAAAAUCAUUAAUUCACUUAUUACGGUAUCACAAAAAUACCCAACUUCAUUAUUUAAUGUAUUAGUGGUAUCAGAUUGUACAUAUUUACCGUUUUUACUCGGAAAAAGUUUAGCAAAACAUGCAAAGCAGUUUCAAUUAGUCCAUUUGGAUACAUCACCAUCAUCGUGUUUACUUUUAGAUCGUAUUUAUAAGUCGUUUUCAUCGUCCCGGGCGAUUAUAGAGAGUUGCCAAUCGAUUGAGGAAGUUUUCUCAAGAAUGACUCCUAACAUGUUCACAAAAACUAAUCCGACUGAAUCAACUUUAAUUUUGAUCAGUGAACCGUACAUAAGUUCAUCAAUACUUCCUUGGGAUUCUUUAUACUUUUGGUAUGCCUUUCAGAACUUGCUUUCACAUAACCCAGCUUAUUCAUCUUUGUAUUUAUUUAGCCCUGUUAGACUGCGCAUCUAUGCUAUUUUGGUUGACUUCAAAAAUCUUUGGCGCAUUCGUUCGCCAGUUGGAUUCACUUGUGAAUCUUUUGAUCUACGCCCAUUCGAUGAUUUAGUUUUAGAUGCAUCGGCUAAAAGUGAUGAGUUAAUUGAACCACAUCCUCUGUGGGAAUAUCCUAAUACGGCUAGAUCCGAUGCUUGUGUCAUUUUUGAUAUGGUUCUACCAAACAGUUCCGAUUUAGGUUCAGAUUUCCAGUAUGCUGAUUCUAAAAAGUUAAUUCAUUGCAAACAAAACACUUUAACUACAUCAUCCUCAUCUGUUAAUGGUAUAGCAUUGUGGUGUGAAUGGCUCUAUAAUACCCCUGCUACACACCAUUCCAACGAAACUUGGUGGUAUGCACCAGCUGGUCCCAACAAAAUUACAACUUUAAAUGAGCCUAUUUCUUGGAAAUCUCGUGGAACACAACAGGGUGUUUUUCUUUUUCCGUCGGAAUGGAAGGCAAAAAUUUCAUCGAAUGAUUUACUACGAAUUUUUGCAUGUAUGGAUUUUGAUAUUUCGACAGGAGUUUUGUCCCCGUCAUUUAAAAUAAUAUAA